UCUGGGUAGAAACGGGAAGCCCAAAAAAUUCACAGCUGGAGAAAAAAGAAAAAGCCAUAGAAGUGUGGAAAUGAAACCCAAGUAGGACAAAAGAAGAAACCAUCGGGAUCAGGAUGAGUGCGGAGGGACAGGCCAAUCUUCUGCGGGUGCUCAUCAACUGUGCUGAGAAGGCGGCCAAUAUCGCCAGGACGUGUCGCUCCAACGAGGAACUCCUGAGGUUGCUGGUGCAGGAAAAGCAGGGAUCGGAGGCCAACGAGCGGUUUGAACAUGACUUCAAGACCCUGGCCGACGUCCUCAUCCAGGAGACAAUUAAGCACGAAGUUGGAUCGCUCUUUCCGGCCAUGCAGGAUGCGAUCCUGGGCGAGGAGUCUCCGAACUUCACCAACAAACUGGGCGAAAGCGUCACAAUUGCAGUGGGAUCGAGCGAGGAGGACACCUCCUCCUGUCUGCUGGCCGUGCUCAGUGGCCACGAAGGAGCUGCCAAUGCCUUGGCCAAAGAAGUCCAUCAGGAGGUCAAUUUCACCAGCGAAAAACUGGGCGAGAUCCCUCAACUACCGGACGAUCUGGACUACGCCAAUCUGGGCAUCUGGAUCGAUCCCAUCGACGCCACUGCCGAGUACAUUUCGGGCGACACCAUGUUCACGGAUUUUCCGGGCAUCACAUCUACCGGUUUGGACUGUGUCACCGUGCUGAUUGGCGUCUACGAGCGAGACACUGGAGUGCCGGUGAUCGGCGUGGUGGCCCAGCCAUUCGGAGAGAAGUUGGAGGAGAACGUGUACAGCUCCUCGAUGUUCUGGGGUGUUUGUCUGCCCUCGUUGCAGGCCCACAAUUGCCAUUUCGAGGCACGAGACGAAAACCGUAGGUUGGGAAUCUUCUCCAGCUCGGAGCAAUCGGAUAUCCUACAGCGCUUCCUUGAUCUGGGCUAUGAGUUCGCCUUCUCUGCGGGUGCGGGCCACAAGGCUUUAAAGGUUAUUACCUACGAGGUGGAUGUGUAUCUGCUUAGCAAAGGAUCGACCUUUAAGUGGGACACGUGUGCUCCUCAGGCCAUCUUAAGAGCACUCGGCGGCGACGUCCUGGAUUAUACAGCCAGUGUUGCGGAGCAAAAAGCCGUACCUUUGAAGUAUCUGAUGGAGGAUAAUGCAUUUGAACCUGAAUGGAAAAGAAACGCAGGUGGUUUAAUCUCAGUUCGCAAUGUUAAUGUUGUGGAGGAACUGCUCGCCAAACUGGCCGAGCAAUGAAUGUUGUUGUUAUUGUUGUAAUCUCAUUAUUGCUGUUGUAAUUGACCCGAUGUAUGACUUUAAGAGUGAGUCGAUUUGUUGAGAAAAACAAAAAUAGGCAUAAACACUAGUUCAAUCAGUUUUGUACGAAACCAUUAUUCAAAAAACAUUGUGCGCAAAAUAUUUAUAUCAUUAAAUGAAAGAUUGUCGAUUUUAAAAAAUCAAAUCAAUAUUUAACGAUUCUAAUUUAAAUCACUUAACAAUGUUAGAAAAUAUUUGCAUAGUAAUGUAUUAAAAAACUAAACUAAUUGAUAAACAUUUUCCAAUUGUUUAGUCUACACAAAUCGACUCACUCUACUGUGCUUAUAUUCAAAAGAUAUUUAAAAGAUAAAUGUUGUGGAUUGUUAGAAA